CGUUUAGCACGCGACGGAUAAGCUCAUUGAACGAAUCAGAUGAAGUGUCAGACUGUGAAUCAGUCUGACCGAGUAAACCCCGUCAAUUAGCAGUUCAGCCCGUGAUAAUGUGACACAAACGUUCGUUUCCCUUAUCUCAGCAAUUUUUUUAUCGCCGAUAGACCUAGACACUCGAGAGGAUGAUUUUUUAUCAUUAAAUUAAUCCGUACAUAACCUUAACGUAAACCCAGUUAUGCUCCAAGACCGAAAAACCACCUCUGGAAGUGCCUCUGGAUUAAAAUAAUUGUAUCCUUUAAAUUCCUCAAUUAAUUAAAGACAUUCUGCCUACGUCGAUUGUGAUACGAAGAAGCUCUUUGUCUUUCAUUAAUUAAUAUUACGAUAGCUCAUGACGAGCUACGAAUUGACGUAAACCCUCAUAUUUUCACGUGCACGUCACAGUGACCUCAAUCUCAAGGAUGUAAAAAAAAAAAACAUUCAGCGCAUUGUGUUCAGUUUUCAAGGAUUUUUAUGAAACUGCUCAGGGUGUUACAAAAGAAUCGAGUUAUUAGCAAUAAAGUUGAUGGGCAUGAUGAUUGAGUGAGAAUUCAUGAGACCAGUCGUGACUGUUUUGAUUGUCGUUAAUGAGGAUCGAUUAAGGUCUAUUUCCAACCAGAUGAAUUUAAAUUUUUUGGGUAUUCAAAAGCCCUGGGAAACAUGAGAAUUGAAAUUCUCGUCUUAACUGUUAUUUUACCACUUUGAAACCGAUUUAAUAUGAAUUUUUAACGACUCCAGACAAUGUUCAAUUUUAAAACGCUAUUUUCCUCAAACUAUGCGAUUAUUUUUCCUGCCAACCAACAUUUCUAGAUUAAACAAAAAAGAAUAAAUAAACUGAUUACAAUGCCAACAACAGCACCCGAAGAAACAAACGUAACGUUAAAUAGAGAAAUAAGUGAGGACGCUGGUCUGUCCCACGACUCUGAGUACGAUGAUGAUCUGGGUGUUCCAGACUCCCUCGACAUAACGAUAAUGGAAAAUGGAGAAACGAUAAAUUUACCCGAUAUAACUGACGAUCAUCCCAACCGGGAUAAUCGAAAAAUCAUUCCAUUCUCCUCGAUUCAUGCACCAGCAGUUAAAUUUAAAAGUCCCAACAGAAAUAUAUUUAUCCCAGGAGAAGAUAUCCUAGUGACCAUAAUUGACUAUGAAAGAAGUGUUACCACACAUCCCAUCAAUCCAAAUUUAUACACAAUUGAGUUUAAACAUGGGCCAUUUGUUUGGACCGUGAAGAAGAGGUACAAACACAUUCAGCAUUUGCAUAACCAGUUGAAAAUGUACAGAGCUAGUCUGAAUAUUCCAUUUCCUACGAGAAGCCAUCGAGAGAGAAGGAACAGUCUGAAGAAUUUAGAGGAGAAUAAGAAGAGAAGACGUAGAGGAGCAUUACCAAGAUUUCCGAACCGACCUGAUGUACUCCUUCCCUCCGAGCUUGUUAGUCAUCGAAUGAAGGAAUUGGAGGAUUACUUAACUAAUUUACUAAGAAUUGAGCUUUACAAACGUCACGCUGAAACACUUAAUUUUAUGGAACUAUCGUACCUAUCAUUUAUCGAGGACCUGGGUGAAAAGGGAAAGGAGGGAAUAAUUCUGAAGCGAACAGGCUCAAGUGCAAAAGCCGGAUGCAAUUUUUGUGGUCUCAUUGAGGGCAUGUGCUGUGUGAGACUCUAUCACUUUUGCACUGCACUCUGUGGUACGUGGCAUCGAAGACAUCUCCUUGUCAAGGACACCUUUGUUGCCUACAUAACACCAAAGGACGGAAAGAUCAAGUCAGUGAUACUGAUGGAUAAUGGAUUUGAAGUGAGUUCGGGUAUGUAUGCUACUGGAUUGAGAAAUGGACUGCAAAUUAUGAAUUCAAGCAGGCAUAUUGUCAUCAAGUGCUGGACACGUAGAAAGGCCAGGGAGUGGUUGGAAUUCAUACAGAGAGCAGCGAGUGAUCAAGGAAGACCAUUUAUCCAGCCGAAUCCCCAUCAAUCAUUCGCCCCCUACCGUCCUCACACCCCCUCAACCUUCUUCAUCGACGGUUCCUGCUACAUGUCAGCAAUUGCUGAUGCCCUGGAAUCCGCCAAAGAAGAGAUUUUCAUAGCCGACUGGUGGCUCUCCCCCGAAAUCUACAUGAAACGUCCAAUAAUCAAUGGUGACUACUGGCGUCUGGAUAAAAUUCUCCAGCGAAAAGCCCAAGAAGGAAUCAAGGUAUUCGUAAUGAUCUACAAAGAAGUGGAGCUAGCCCUGGGUAUAAAUAGUUACUACAGUAAGCAGAGGCUUGUUGAGAAGUGCCCGGAGAACAUAAAAGUACUUCGUCACCCAGAUCACGCACGUGUUGGCGUCUUCCUCUGGGCGCAUCAUGAAAAAAUUGUUGUUGUGGACCAGUCAGUGGCGUUUUUAGGAGGUCUUGACCUGUGCUAUGGUCGUUGGGACACCAACGAACACUGUCUGACCGACCUGGGUGCUGUCCAUCAGUCCAGCAUUUACAUCCCAACCAGAGGAAAGAUCACGAGCACAAGUAGCAAGCGUACAAUUGAGACACCAGCUGACAGUCAUGUCCUGCUGUCCCUGGCAAUUGCCACCAACACCGUGGCAAUGGCCACCACCAAGUGCCUCCCCCUCCUACCGAUUCCCAAACGUCAGUCCCUCUCUCCCCCACCCCAACACAAAUUCGACACGGCCCUGCUAUCACCACCCCAAGAAAUGGAGCAUCGAAAAUGCAACACUCCAGAUCCUCAGAAAAAAAAUCUCUUCGACAUGGCCAAGAACACCGUAGACAGGGUCAAGCAGAACGUAAAAAUGAAGCGAAAGGAACUGAUAAAUAUGGUUUACAAUCCCCAGGAGAUUGCCAGCAGCGAUGAUGAGGAUGAGGUUGACAAUGUCGUUGUUCAUGAGCCAGUGGACAUCGAGGGAGUCCUCAGGAACAACGAGGACAUCGUAAAGGGCCUUCCCGGAGCUGCAAAACUCUGGUUGGGUAAGGACUACACGAAUUUCAUCGUCAAGGAUUUCUAUGACCUCGAGAGGCCCUAUCAGGAUCUCGUGGACAGGAGCACCACCCCGAGAAUGCCCUGGCAUGAUGUCGGGAUGAUGGUCCAAGGGGCCAGUGCCAGGGACGUUGCGAGGCACUUCAUCCAGCGAUGGAAUGCCAUUAAAAUGGAAAAAUCAAAGUUGAAUGCGACUUACCCAUUUUUACUGCCCAAAUCCUACAGCAAUUUUGGUAGUCCUCAGGUGUUUGGGGAUGGAAUGUUGAAGAAUGUCAAGUGCCAGGUGUUGAGGUCAGUGAGUUCAUGGUCAGCUGGAUUCCUGGAGGCUGACACCCUGGAACAAAGCAUUCAUGAGGCUUAUAUCGAGGCUAUUGCCAAAGCUGAGAGGUACAUUUACAUUGAGAAUCAAUUUUUCAUAACUUUGGCAACAAUGGACAGGCAUAAUGUGAAGAACAGGAUAGGGGAGACACUGUUGAAGAGAAUUCUGAGGGCUCACAGGGAGGGAAAAGUCUUCAGGGUAUUCGUUGUUAUGCCACUGUUACCGGGGUUUGAGGGUGAGGUGGGAGGGCCUUCGGGGACUGCUCUUCACACGAUAACUCACUGGAAUUAUUCAUCGAUAUCCCGAGGAAAGGACGCUAUUCUUAAUCGACUAAUCGAAGCUGGGAUAGAUGAUCCCAGUGAGUACAUCAGCUUUCAUGGUCUCAGAACACACUCGAGGCUGAAUGGUACAAUGGUCACUGAAUUAAUCUAUGUGCACAGUAAACUGAUGAUCGUGGACGACAAAACUGUCAUCUGCGGCUCUGCCAACAUCAACGACCGAAGCAUGAUUGCCAGCAGAGACAGUGAAAUUGCUGUCAUUGUUCAUGACGAAGAGUUUACCGAGGGGAGGAUGAAUCAGGGAUCGUAUCCCUGUGGGAGAUUCGCGGGGGGACUGAGGAAACAACUGUUCAAGGAACAUUUGGGAUUACUGUGGUCCAAUGAGAGGAUAUCUGUUGAUGAUCCGAUCAAAGAGUCAUUUUGGUCGGGGAUUUGGAAGGCCUGGAGCAAGAGCAAUACUGAGAUCUAUGAGGAGGUCUUUCAUUGCAUACCCUCGGACAAGGUUACCGACUUCUCGACACUUAAAAUUUAUCAGAAUGAAGCUGGACUUUGUCAUUCUGAUCCUGGUACUGCCAGGGAAAUACUUGGUGGGGUUAAGGGACACUUGGUCGAUUUACCACUCAGAUUUUUGGGAGAGGAGACACUCACCCCGGCUGCUGGAACGGUCGAGGGCAUGAUGCCAACUUCUUUAUGGACUUGAUUUUAGAGUUAAGGGAGAUGGGGAUUCUGUUUGUGGAUGGAGUUUAGUCAGAAAAUAUUUUCUCUGCAUUUAUUUUCGUUUCGUCGGCCUCGGGGAGGGGCCGAGGAAGGGGGAUGAUUAUGAAUUACGACUAUUAUUCCUGUGGGAGGCUUUUCAGGGAUGACACCAACAGCGAGAAAUAUUUUUGUAUAUUUUUUAAUACUCCUGACAAUGCCCACUGAUUUUUUUUAACCAGUCAGGGUGAGCAGGAGAGUGCAACUAAGUCUUUUGAGAAUUUUUUUAGUGAUAUUUUAACAAUCACAAAAUGUUAACCUUCCGAAGGACAACUGACAAAAAGAGAAUUUACAGUCUAGUUUUAGGAAUUUUCAAGUGAUUGUUUCUGUACUAUUAUGUUGCUACUUAUUUAACAAAUUAUUUAUGUCUUCUCUUCAUCGUAAGGAGGAUCCUGACGAACCUCGACGGCCUCGAUUGGUCUUUUUAAAAUUUGACAUUUCAAUGAUAACCGGUUGGGUUCAAAAAUUUUGUUAUAGCUACUAAGUGUUAAUAUUUAUUAUCAUCGAGUAAACACCUUCAAAGAUCGUCAGGAUCCUGUCCGAUGGCUCGCCAAUGACGAUGAACUCAGCAGUAUUUACACAGCAAUUUUACCUACUUACUGAAUUACAAAUCGAGUGGUAACUUCCAUGAUAAAACCUCGAGGGUCCAAUAUUACUAAUUACUCGUCUCUAGUGAUGAUUACGGAUAAUAUUUUUAUUGCACAAGAACGAUGAAUUGUUACCUCGGUCUUGAAUUUUUUAAUGACUUAAUAUUUGUUAUAAAAGCUCAGUACCCAUGCCUUAGGAUAUUUGUACGAAUGGAUUUGUUGGUGUGAUUUAAUCAUGCAAUAAAAUUAUUUUUUUAAGAAAAA